GUGUAUAUAUUUCGUAUUAACCUUUGAAAAAAAAGAAAAUCCAAAAAGAAAGUGAAGGGGCGAUUAGCUCAUCAAACGACGCCGUUUCACCCAGCGAAAAAGUCCCACCACUUUAUUCUACUCCCUGCGUUGUUCCUCUACCCCGAGCAGCAAAUUCAAUUCCUCUGCGCAUCGAUCGGCAAACCCAAGUGCCUACAUGCUUCUCACACAUACCCGCUCGUAGUGUAGAGAGAGAAACAUCAACUAUUGAAGGCAUCAUCAAAUCCAUGGUGGCGUACGUCAGCGCGCUGCUCUACGGAGUUGGCGGAAUUGUGGUGGCGGGUAUGGCAUUACUGGUUGCUUUUCAGGAGAAGCUCGUCUACGUGCCCGUGCUGCCCGGACUCGCUAAAUCGUACCCCAUCACCCCUGCCCGACUCCACCUCCUGUACGAAGACGUCUGGCUCACAUCCUCCGACGGCGUCCGCCUCCACGCCUGGUUCAUCAAGCUCUUCCCCGAUUGCAGAGGUCCCACUGUUCUCUUUUUCCAGGAAAAUGCUGGCAAUAUUGCUCAUCGUCUUGAAAUGGUUCGAAUUAUGUUGCAGAAACUGCAAUGCAAUGUUUUCAUGCUUUCUUACAGAGGUUAUGGAGCUAGUGACGGAUUUCCUUCUCAACAUGGUAUUACAAAAGACGCGCAGGCUGCAUUGGAGCAUCUGGUUCAGAGGACAGAUAUUGACACUUCCAGACUUGUAGUCUUCGGAAGGUCGCUUGGGGGAGCUGUUGGAGCAGUGCUGGCCAAAAACAACCCGGACAAGGUUGCUGCAUUAAUAUUAGAAAACACUUUUACAUCCAUUCUGGACAUGGCUGGAGUUCUAUUGCCGUUUCUGAAGUGGUUUAUUGGAAGAAGUAACUCAAAGGGUCCCAGAGUUUUGAAUUUUCUAGUUCGUUCACCGUGGAGCACCAUUGAUGUUAUUGGUCAGAUCAAACAACCGAUCCUCCUACUCUCCGGACUACAAGACGAAAUGGUUCCCCCGUCGCACAUGGAGAUGUUAUAUGCUAAAGCAGCUGCGCACAAUCGACAAUGCACAUUUGUAGAAUUCCCUACAGGCAUGCAUAUGGAUACAUGGUUAUCAGGCGGUGAUCGCUACUGGAGAUCAGUUCAGGAUUUCUUAGUAAAAACUGUUCCAGCUACCAAGGAUAACGAUUCUUCUACAUUGGAAUAUUUGGCGAGGUGAUGUGCUGAAAUCUGGAUUGUGCCGUUUUUAGGUUUUGCGGUGAGUAAAAGUUUUUUGUGAUUGUCAAUCACACACACACAGUAGUGGUGUGUCUUGUGGUGCAAGAAUUUGCGAAGAUUGAAAGAUUUGAUGCUUUGUGGUAUAUAUAUGGUAUGACAUUGACAUACUGGACCACAUCCUCGAAUUAGACUCGGUCUCAUUUUAUUGUUUGAAGAAUGGACUGAGAGAAUCUCUUAUUUAUUACUUAAAUUGAAUUUCAGGACCUUUUCUUUUCUUUUUUCUUUUUUUUUUCUUUUUUUUUCUUUUUUUUUUCUUUUUUUUUUCUUUUUCUUUUUCUCUCUUUGCUAGUCCUUUUAUUUUGGACAAGAGUUCAUCGUGGUUCAGACAGUAAUAUUUUAGUAUGUUCUUGGCUAUAAUGUUAUAGUGAUUAUAGACUCAUCUUUGCAUA